UAUUAUGCUUGUUGUUGCCAUUACCAAGCUAAUUUUUUUCUUCUCUAGAUUUUCAGCUGCAACCGAUACUAUUACCCAGUUUAAGUCACUUGAAGAUAACACAACCUUGGUUUCCGAAAAUGGAACCUUCGAGUUGGGUUUCUUCACCCCAGGUAGUAGUUCUCCAAACCGCUACCUAGGAAUCUGGUACAAAACCAUACCAGUCAAAACCGUGGUUUGGGUUGCGAACCGCGAAACUCCAAUCAAAGACAACUCCACCAAGCUGAGCAUAACCACACAAGGCAACCUCGUACUUCUAAACGAGAACAACAACAAAGUUAUUUGGUCAACAAACACAACAACAACAACAAAAGCGAUCCUUGUCGUGGCACAGUUGUUGGACUCAGGCAACUUUGUCCUACGAGAUGAGAAAGACACGAACCCUGAAAACUACUUGUGGCAAAGCUUUGACCACCCUUCAGACACAAUUCUACCUGGAAUGAAACUAGGGUGGGAUUCAAAAACAGGCCUUAAUAGACGCGUAGCAGCUUGGAAAAACUGGGAUGACCCUUCUCCUGGGGAUUUCACAUGGGCUAUUGCACUUACCAGUUAUCCAGAAGAGGUUAUGUGGAAGGGCCCAAAAGAGUUCUAUAGAAGCGGUCCAAUGAAGGUCUUUGCCUAUAGAUUCAACGGUUCUUUUCCCUACAAUUCAGUAAUAAACUACACGCUUGUCACCAACAAGGAACAAGUUUACCUUUCAUAUAGCAUGAACGAUAAGUCGGUGGUUUCAAGAAUUGUAAUGAAUCAAUCGCUUUAUGUUCGUCAACGCUUGACGUGGAUCAAUGAUAGUAAAGCGUGGAGGGUGUCUUCACAGUUGCCAGGUGAUGCAUGCGACAACUAUAAUAUUUGUGGCGCGUUUGGAAUUUGUGUUGCUGGUGCGUGCAAGUGUUUGGAUGGGUUCAGGCCCAAAUCGGUGCAGAAUUGGACCAAGAUGAACUGGGAUCAGGGUUGCGUGCAUAACCAAACUUGGAGGUGUUGGGAAAAGAAUAAGGAUGGUUUUCACAAAUUCAGUAAAAUGAAGGCACCAGAUACUAAGUUGUCGUGGGUUAAUGAAAGUAUGACGCUUGAGGAGUGUAGGGUGAAAUGUUGGGAAAAUUGUUCAUGCACGGCUUAUGCGAAUUCAGACAUUGGUGAAGGAGGUAGUGGCUGUGUGAUUUGGUUCGGUGAUUUGUUGGAUUUAAGAGUGAAUGAAGAUGGUGGACAAGAUGUGUAUGUUAGAUGGGCAGUGUCUGAAACAGGUGUAGAAGAUAAAUCCAAGAAAAAGGUGGUUGUUAUCACAAGCACAAUUUCUGCUAUUGUUGUUAUGCUAUUAGUUUUCAUAUUCAUUUGUCGGAGCAACAAUACAAAAAUCAAAGAUAUUAUCACUUGGAUAAAAGAAAACAACAAUGAAAGGAAGCAAGAGGACUUUGAGCUACCUUUGUUUGACCUUGCCUCCAUAGAACAUGCCACGGAUCACUUCUCACAUCACAAUAAGCUCGGUGAAGGUGGCUUUGGUCCCGUAUAUAAGGGAACACUACACGAUGGACUAGAGAUUGCUGUUAAGAGACUUUUACAAACAUCACAACAAGGAUCAAAAGAAUUUAAGAAUGAGGUUAUGUUAUGUGCCAAACUUCAACACAGAAAUCUUGUUAAAGUGCUUGGAUGUUGCAUUCAAGAAAAUGAGAAAUUGCUCGUCUAUGAAUUUAUGGCUAAUAAAAGCUUAGACUUCUUUCUUUUCGAUUCAAGUCAAAGUAAACUUCUUGAUUGGCCUAAGCGUUUUAGCGUUGCAAAUGGAAUUGCCCGGGGAUUACUUUAUCUUCAUCAAGACUCAAGACUAAGGAUCAUACACAGGGAUCUUAAGGCAAGUAAUGUUUUACUAGAUAAUGAAAUGAAUCCAAAAAUUUCAGAUUUUGGGUUGGCUCGAAUGUGUAGAGGAGAUCAAACUGAAGGAAAUACAAACAGAGUAGUUGGAACAUAUGGUUAUAUGGCACCUGAAUAUGCUUUUGCUGGAAUAUUUUCCAUCAAAUCAGAUGUUUUUAGCUUUGGCGUAUUAUUACUUGAGAUAGUAAGUGGCAAGAAAAAUACAGGGCUUUCCUAUCCAAAUAGUUACAGUAAUCUUAUCAGACAAAGGAUUCAUGCAUUCUAUCUGAAGCCUUGCGUUGCAUUCAUAUUGGUCUUUUGUGUGUGCAACAUCAUCCAAAUGAUAGGCCAAACAUGGCAUCUGUGGUUGCUUUAUUAAGUUGCGAGAACGCAUUGCCUCCACCAAAGGAUCCUAGUUACUUAAUAGAAGAAACCUCAACUGAAAGCGAAUUUUAUUCUAAGAAUUUGACAUCCUUGUCAAAUAAUGAUGUCACUAUU